AUGCACGACUUCGUCAACCACGUCCGCCUGUUCGAGCUGCUGCCCUGCUCGCUGUACGAGUGGCAGCCGCACACGGACGGGUGCCAGCCGCAGGGCGUCGCGCUGAGCCACGCCAUCAGCAACAGGCUGUCGGCCGUGCAGCCCGGCGAGAGCGUCAUGGAGAGCCAGCGCUUCGACACGCUGGUCACGCAGCAGUGGCUGCGCGUGUCCAUGUGGCGGCUGGCGUUUGGGUCCAAGCCGAGCCUCGUGUACGGGCAGGGCCUGAUGCCUGCGCCGGGGCUGCCGUUUGACGCGGGCAAGUCGAUUAUGAAGGCUCUCGGGUCUGUGAGCCAGAGCUCCAAGGACUGUCACGGGAUUGCGAUUGAGCAAAAACUGUUCGACAUUGGCAUGAGUCUCGCCGACGCCUCCAUGUCCGCCUCCCCCAUCCCCUCCUUCGAAUUCGGGCCCCACGACCUGCUCUGCUCCGUCGUCAAGUUCCUCGGCCGCAUCCGCGGCUGCCAGUCCAACCUGCUGCCCAAGCUGCUCAAGCACUCGGAGCUCAUCCUCGGCUUCGCCAACCCGCUCCUCGCCAGCAUCGACAUGCACUGGCCCGCGCUGCUGGAAGAGCCUCCUCACCCCUCCUCCUCGGGAAACGACAACGGCGGCGUGCCGGAGAGCAACAACAACAACAACGCCCACGUGGGUGGCGGCGACCUGGCUGCUCAUCAUCAUCAUCAUCAUCAUCAUCAUGCUCAGGGGGACGAGUCUUCUUCGGCGAGCAGCAGCGUGGGCAGCUGGCAGGAUACGUGCGACUUGGCGAUGCUGGAGCCCGGGGCGGGGACGUUUAUGGCGUUGGGGUGCGAGGAGGCGUUUGAUGAGCAGGUGCACAUGGCUGGGCAGGUGGAGAUAUCAUGA